AUGCAGAGAUUCUGGCCAUUCUUUUUCUACCUGUUCGGGCCGAUUCGUGCGAUUCUGGUGCAUAAAAGUGUGGAUGUUGGGGCGCUGGUGCACGCGAGGAAAUUGUUGCCACAGUUUUAUCAGACAGUAAGUUGAGGGUUUUGGGUUUGUAGUUCUUAGUUUUAAAAAGUCUACUAUAGCUUGCCAAUAAGUUAAUAUUCAAACUAUGUUAUAGUAGAUUAAGUUUUCUACGAAAACGUCAUCUUUUGUCAUUUUCAAGUCGAAACAAAGUUAUUUCCGAGUCAAGAUGGCCUUUCUUUGUUUGAAUCUUAAAUAAAGGCAAUUUGAGCACUUAGGGCUUAACUAUUUACACUUUGGCUUUACUUCCUUCAGACAUUUCUAAGGUCAACUGUGUAAAAUAUUUUUUAUUUGGAAGAAAUUCAAAAAUUUUUGAUUUAAUAUCGUAUUCAAUACAGUUUACUGGCUUUUCACUAUUCACAACUUUAGUAGUUACUCUGAAAUGUUUUUUUUUAUUUUUAAUAUUUUAUCUAUAGUAAAAAUGUAUUUUAGCUUUCCAAACUUAAUGUUGUUUUGAUUUAUCGUCUUUUUGAGUAAUUUAAAUAUCUUUAUGGGGUUCAAAUUUAAUUUUGCAAAGCCUAAGCGCAAAGAACAUAAAUUUUGGCAGUUUUCUUGUCCUAUAAAUCGUGCAUAUCUAAUUUGGCACAGGAAACAUUGGACUGACGUUUUUAUUGUAUUCGGCAUAAGCUUAAAGCUAAAAAAGGAUCAAAACCAAAAAAUGAUUAUAAUUUGGGUAAAUUAUCAUCAUUUCUUCUUACUUUAGUUCUACUAGUAAAUAGAAGGCCUUAUGUUAGGAUAAAAAUUUUCUAAAUUUUUCGUUUUAAAACUGUAUAAAAAUUUAAAAAAAUGGCCAAACUUUAGCGAAAAACAAAUUUUCGAUGUAUUUCUUGACCGUUUUAUAUAAAAAAUGUUGAAAUACGUGCACAACCCAAUUACAUAAUUUUAUUUUUUCGAAUUCAAAAACCCUGGGAACAUUAUGGAUUUGUUUUUGGCGCAUCCAGAAUAUUCGGAGGGAAUUACUGCUUAAUGUACUAAUUAAUGGCACUAAUUAGACAUGGAAGAAAAAAGGAAAAUAUUUACCAAACCUGGGAUUAAGGUUGUUUUUUAAAAUGGCUGGAAACUGUUGUCAAUAAGGGUUAAUUAGGGAAAAAUGUAAAUAAAAGCUUAAUUAUAGGUGUGUGUGGUCAAAAAGUAAAGAGAAAAAAUAAUUGGGUCUAAACAGACAUAUAAAUAGCUUUUAUAUAUAUUAUCUUUUGUUUUAAAAGCUUUCAAAAAAUUAUUUGUUACCUAAAAUAUUUGCAGAUCCACCUAGAAGUGAAUACUUCCUCAGCUCAUGGCUUCCUCAUCGUAUUUGAGAAUCACAUGGAGAUGUCGACCGAGAAUUGUCGACUUCUGGAUUCCUUGGCCAAGUUUCAGCUGAACAAUCGCAACAUUUCAUUCGGGUGCUUCCAUUAUCUUGUCCAUUACUCUGAAUCUCCGCUCAAAAUUCGAGUAAUUCCGGCUUUGUUCGAGCCUUUGAAGGCGUAUCUGAAGCUACACGUUACGGCCACACGAUUGGGAUGUACGGCCAAAGAUUUGCGGUACAAACAAUGUCCGAACAACAAACAGUUUUGUGUGUCGAGGAGUUUGUUUUGCGAUGGAAAUGACAAUUGUGGCAUGGGGAGUGAUGAACAGGUAAGGUUUUAUGUAUUUUUAAUAGUUUGUUGGAUGGGUUUGCUAAUAUAAUGGCGUUAAUUGUUAAUUUAAUGGUAGUAAUUGUGUAGAAUAUUGUUGUAGGUCAGAAAACCAGGGUUCUUAUUCAAAUUCUGCGAAGUUUCAGAGCUUUCAAAGGAUAUUUUUAUUGAAUUAUUUAUAAUUACCUUGGUAUUCGUAUGUAUUAAGACUCUAUUAGAGGCUUUUGUGCCUAUACUUCUUAAUAAAAUCGAAUAUUCGCACCAAAAAAGUAGUAAAACACAAGAAUGUAGCUCAAAAUAGUUAAAUACAUCACAGCUAAUUCGAUAUAAGAAAACGUUUCCAGAACUGCUCCGAGCCUCCACAAAGAAUCGCCCUCUCCAUCGUCGACAACCGCAACCACGUUCAUUUAGCUGUGAUAUUAGGAUCGCUAGCCGUAGUGACGUUCUUCGCCGGAGUCGCGUCAAUCUUCUUGUAUCAAUGGUAUCAACGUGCACGCCGAGGCUACUGUAGUAAGUACGUGAAAAAUAUGUUUGGAGCCAAGAAAAAAGAACCGUCUAACUUCGAAGCCGAGGAAACUGUAGCCUUGUUGACGUUGGGGUUGAAGAAUCUGUAUAUUCCACUGCCUGGGAAUCGACGACUCAGUCAUUAUGCUCAAGUCAAGUACGGUACUGUCUGGUGA